GUGAUCGCCAACGUCAAGGUGACCUCUGAUGUCCGCGCUCUCCUCGGUCGUCGCGCUCUUCACUCUGUCUCUGUCAGCGGUCGCAGCUCAUCGCUCUACUCUCUCCACUCGUCGGCCUUUUCUCUGCUCCCCAACCUUCCUACUGCAGCAUCACCAACAUGACUACCUACUUCAACUACCCCCCUCCUGAGCUGCAGGAUGAGCUGAGGAGGAUCGCCAACGCCAUCGUGGCCCCUGGCAAGGGUAUUCUGGCUGCAGAUGAGUCGGUCGCCACCAUGGGCAAGCGGCUUCAGGACAUCGGGGUUGAGAACACUGAGGAAAACAGGCGCCUCUACCGCCAACUCUUGUUCUCCACUGAUCCCAAAGUCGGAGAGAACAUCUCCGGAGUGAUUCUGUUCCACGAGACUCUCUACCAGAAGGCCGACGACGGAACUCCCUUCGUGGAGCUUCUCAAGAAGAGGGGCAUCAUUCCAGGCAUCAAGGUGGACAAGGGCGUUGUUCCUCUGUUCGGAUCCGAAGAUGAGUGCACUACCCAAGGGCUAGACGAUCUGGCCCAACGCUGUGCCCAGUACAAGAAGGAUGGCUGUGACUUCGCCAAAUGGCGUUGUGUGCUCAAGAUCGGCAAGAACACCCCCUCCUACCAAGCUAUCCUUGAGAAUGCCAACGUACUGGCACGCUAUGCGUCCAUCUGCCAAUCCCAGCGCAUUGUGCCCAUUGUAGAGCCUGAGGUGCUGCCUGAUGGAGAUCACGACCUUGACAGGGCUCAGAAGGUCACAGAGACAGUUCUGGCCGCUGUGUACAAGGCACUCAAUGACCACCAUGUCUUCCUGGAGGGCACCCUCCUGAAGCCCAACAUGGUGACCGCAGGACAGUCCUGCUCCAAGAAGUACAAUUAUGAGGACAACGCUAGAGCUACAGUGUUGGCCCUGUCCAGAACUGUGCCAGCUGCUGUCCCUGGUGUGACUUUCUUGUCAGGAGGUCAGUCGGAGGAGGAUGCCUCUGUCAAUUUGGAUGCUAUCAACAAGAUCCAAGGCCCCAAGCCCUGGGUUCUCACCUUCAGUUAUGGCCGUGCACUUCAGGCUUCCGUGUUGAAGGCUUGGCAAGGCAAGGCUGAGAAUGUGAAGGCUGGACAGGAAGAACUCAUCAAGCGAGCUAAGGCUAACGGGUUGGCUGCUGUGGGCAAGUAUGCUGCUGGCUCCAUCACCAGCAAGGCGGGCGAUUCCAGUCUUUUCAUCAAGAAUCACGCCUACUAAGUUCUGUUAUCUGUCUAUAUUUAACCUGUUAUAUUCACUUUAUUGAUGUCCUGACUGUAUUAACGUUACAAUUUUGUGGCUGACUUUUGGUUUCAUUGGCACUGAUAUAUCUUGAUGUUUAUAUUGUGAUUUUUGUUGACAUUUUGUACUUUGUUGUCAAUUAUGCUGUACUGUGAUUUUGCUUGAUUUGUUUGCAUUAGUUGUUAUCGAUCCCUAGGUUGAAUUUUAAUUACUGUUGUUUAAUUAAACCAUUGAAAAGAAUCAUAAUAGAACUGUUGAUUUCUGUACUCGAAUAAAGACAUAAUAUUUUCUUAUUGUUUUGUUUUUAAUUUUGUUUUUCUGGUUGGCCCGAGUGCGGGACUCGACUCUCUGGUAGAGAGACUCGUAUCGUAUGUAGUACACGGGGACAGUGGAACAGGUAGUUCGUCUGCUGUCACUUCGAUGUUUCCUGUUGCUGAUGUCUAUUGCUUAUAUUAUACCUUUUAAUAUUUCUCAGCGUAUAUAUUUUAGACUUAUAUUUUAAAUUAGUAAUACUGUUGUCAUAUUUGUGUGAAUGAAUGAAAGCUAGAAAUGCAGGCUUGUAUAUAUAAAAACUUAAUUGUUUGAUGUAAAAAUAUAAUACUACUUGAUUUGUUGUGUAACUAUAAAAUAUGUAUGUAUAUAUGUAUGUUUGUUUAUGUACGAAACUGUUGAGUACAUAUAUACACACACACACACAUAUAUAUAUCAGUGUUAACUUAAACUGUAACCCACCACCAACUCAAUUGCCAUGAGGAUCCAAUAAAGUACCAUAUAUACAAAA